CAGAGGGGGCACGUCCGCGCCUGCGCAUCUCGCGCGUGUGCGUCUGGGUGGUCGAGUGGUCUCUUCGGGUCUGUCAAUGGGCUCCGCGGCCUAGCGCCCGGUCCCUGCCGCCAGUGAUCGCGCGCCGAGGCCCGCGAGGGGUCGCCGCCGAGGGCUCCCUACUGCGCCCAGCUUCCCACCAGCCGGCCGGCCAGAGCAUGGCGGCCAUCCCCUCCGGCGGCUCGCUCGUGGCCACCCACGACUACUACCGGCGCCGCUUGGGCUCAGCUUCCAGCAGCAGCUCCUGUGGGAGCACCGAGUGCCCUGGAGAAGCCAUCGCCCACCACCCGGGUUUGCCCAAGGCUGACCCGGGUCACUGGUGGGCGAGCUUCUUUUUCGGAAAGUCCACGCUCCCGUUCAUGGCCCCAGUUGUGGAGUCCCCAGAGCACCCCGAAGCUCCCCAGGCCUCCAGAAACAUGACCACCAGUGGCCUAGCCCUAGAAGCCAUGAGGAAGCAGCCCUGCGGCCAGCCCAGUGCUGGGCCCCCAUCCUGACAUGAGCCCUGAGCCACAGCCACCAACUCUGCAACCAGGCUGCAGGACACCAGAGAGAAGAUAGUUCUCAGACGGCAGAGGCAGCCAGAGCCCCGGCUUGUACUGCCCACGGGCACACACAGCUUUCCUGGCACCCUGUAACUCUUCACCUUGCACCAAGUGGCAAAUAAAUUCCAAGCAGCCAGCAA